AUGUCUAUAUACUCAAAGCUUUUAAUUAACCUUAAACUUGAAGGUUAAGGUCUUCUAAAUUCUAAAUCACCGAAACAAAACGUUAAAAAAAAACACAUAUAUAUUAGUUAUAUAGAAAAGAAUUAGAUAUAAUUUGAAAAUGUUUCUGAGAACUCGUUUUGGUAAUUUACUAAUUAAAAGGCAAGUGCAAACAAAUUCAGAAAUAAUAGCAAAUUGCAAGGAAAUCAGGAAUCGUAAUCCAAGAAAUUUAGAACGUUUAAGGAUUGCAAGAAAACCCAUUGGUUAUUCUCUGGAGAAGCCUGGAUUUUCGUAUUGGCACAAAUUCAUUCUGAACAUCUCUCAGCGCUAUAUUUCCGCAGAAGUACAUCAUUUUGAAAAUGGCCCAGUUAUUACAGUAUCAAGCCAAGAAAAUGGUAUAAAAUCCCAAUUGUACAGUACAAACGAUGCAUCAGCAUACAUAAAUGUAGGCCGCAUAUUUGCACAGCGCUGCUUAGAAUGUGGAAUAACUGAGUUAUAUGUUAAUGAAGAUGACAUAUCUGGAGAGAAGAUAAAUCUUUUGCUCAAAGAAGUAGAAAAAGGUGGAAUUAGCUUACAAGAACCACCCAGAUACGUUCAUCGAUAUACUGCGCAUUGGCUCCGUGAUGAGAAACCUUGGGAAACAGUCGAGUAGUUUCCAGUUCUGUAUAUAAUUUAAAAAUGUGUAGAAUAUAGAAGACUAAAAGUGAGUUAUAAAAUUUGUUUAUACAUGUUACUUUUAAUUAUACCCAAAAGACUUUAUACAUUACAAUUCGUGUUUCAUGUGAAUUUUUUGAACCCUGCUGUAAUAUAAAAUCUAGGAUUAAAACAGUUUCAGUCUU